GAAACUAACCGCAGAGAGGGAGUAAGGUCAUUGGCUUUGUUGAAAUCGUUGUCCUCUCUAGCCCUGAGUAUUUGAAAAACAAGGGCAAGCUAAAAACACGUCGCAGCACUCCGCUGGGAAAUGAGCUGAGUUUCCUUCCAGCGACAAUAUUGGGAUUCAAUCAUUUUAAACUUUCUGUGUGUAACUUUCUUUGCUCCUUAAUGAAUUUUUGCUGCUUAAUUACCAAUCUCUUCCUUCAACUUUCUAAGGCUUGGUUUUAACCUUUUCAUCCCUUUGCCUUUCAAAAAAAAAAGAAAGUACUACUUUUCAUCCCGGGUUGUGUCCACCUAUGUUGGUUCGAGGAUGUGAGUUUUGCCCUGGGGAGAAUGGUGUGGCUGGGGAGAAUGGUGUGGCCUUUUACUGGGGUUGGGAGAUGGUGCUGCUGGUCCUGGAUCUAAUGGUGCGGCUGCAACUGGGAUGGGUAACACGUGGCAAUUUGAGUGCGUAGAAACUGGGUUUGUUGGUGGUGAUUGUUUUGUCGGCCUGAUCCUGUUAUUUCCUUAUAAUUUUUUUUUUUACAUUGAAUAAGGAAUUAUACUAUAAAAAAUAAUUUUUUUU